AGCGCCCAGGGGGUGCUACAGGCCAAGGGAGCCCCGGGUUGGGUGUUUUUCCUUCGUCUGGUGGCUGUAAUUGUGAGCAUCGGCCUCCUCCGCUGAGGCCUGAAAGCACAAAGAAAGGAAGGGAAAAAAAGAAAGGAAAAGGUUGCUCACGCGUUGUUAGGCAGCGUAAUUGUGGUGAUUUUUUUUUUCUAAAAGUGCACGUAUUUGCAGAAGCGAAGUUUCAGAGUCACGUUAUUGAGUUGUACGUCAUUCGCUUCAAAUUCAAGAAACUAACAGCAAAAAAGUAUCAGCCUUUUAAGGUUCCUGGUUAAAAGUUAGCGGUGUUAAAAAAAAUGCAUUACUAAUGUUGUUUCUUGUGCUGGUUGCUUUCCAAGACUUGCCUUCUCUUUCUGCUGAUACUAAUUAGUGUUAUUAAAAAUAGUAUUAAACUGCUAAUAUUUGUUGUAACAGAGCAAAACAGUCACUCUGUGACUGUGAUUAAUUAUUUCCUGCAUGUAUUUUAUACUAAUGUGAAGUUUGACAGAGGGAAAUCACAGCCUUGUGUCUCUUUAUCCUGUCUAUAAUGUGGGUUUUUAUUGUUCUGUGUUUUUCUUUCUGUCCCAGCCCCUUGUGUCCUUUCCCUGCAGCUUUUGGGGGAUAGAUUUCCGUUCCCACCCCGCUGUUAAACACCUUGUCCAGGAAAAAUGUGGGUUUGGGAGAAGCUUGAAUAUGCUAGUGAGCUCUGCUCUUAGCAAAUACUAAUUAUUUUUCUUUUUAAUAGGAAUCUGUAAUUACAGGAGCAAAGGCUGAGUGAAUGUUCCUUAAAAGAAGUCACAAACAAUGCUCAGAGGAUCUAAAACUCCCCUGAAAGUUAAAGAAAAUGAGAGUGGUUGUCCUGAAGAGAAGAAAAAGGCCUCUUUCCCUCUGUCAAAAGACCAGAAGAGCUGCAAAGUGACCAAAUCCAAAGUCAUCAGACCAUCCAAGAAGGAGAAUUUCACUGAUGGGAGCCAGACACGGCCACAAAAACGUGCCCUGAAGUGCCCCAAAGGCCCCGAGGAGGAUUCGUGUCACCCCCGGGGGGUUGGUGUGAGCUGGCGGCCCCCUGGGAGCUGUUUUGGGGCACUCGGGGGGGAGGUGCUCAGUGAAACCCCCUUGCCUUUGGACACGAAGCAGGAUUUUUCCUGUGGCCAAGCUGUUCCCUUGGGAAAUUACUUCUACUCCACCCCUGAGAGGGACAAAGUGGAACCUGAUUUCGGACUAUGUGAACAGAGGAAAAGACCUAUUGAUUCUGCUGCUGUGACAACUGCUGAGUUUGGGAUUGCUCAAGAAAGUUUUACCAAACGACCCACGGGGACUUCCCCAGCUUCACUAAAAUUUAGGAGAAGAUCAACCAUUGGAUUGAGGGGGUCACCAGAAAACAACACCCUGAUCCGGUACCUGGCCCAGCACAGGAGCAGCAGGCAGAAAGAAGCUUUCACACAGAUCAGUCCCUUCAAACAUGCAAAUGUGAGGUCGCUGAAGGACAAAAUCGAUGCUUUUCAGACCUCCUUUGGAUCCCUGCAAGAAGCUGAGGGGGAGGCUUCCCAGGAAGGAGGUUCCUCUCAGAACAAAGCACCUUUUAAAAAAGAGCCAAACCUGGAGCAGUGGAGUGAAGAGUUCAUGUUGGGCAACAGAGGAGCUGCUUUGAAAGAAAAUUUAAGUGAGAAUGGGACCAAGAGCAGCAGGAGUGGCCCCAGGAUCUGCAGCAUCUUGUCCCCACAGCGAGCUGUGACUGCCACUGGCCCUGCUGCUGCAAAGGAAUGGGUUUAUGAGCAGCAAAAUCCUAUUAAACCCUUGGAGACUGCUGUAACUGGAGAUAUCCUGGAAACGGGCCAUGGCCACAGGUGUGGGCACAGCGCUGGUGGCACGGGCAGCGAUGCUCUGGCGGAUCUCAGCACAAGGAAGGUUGGGUUUGUGGAAGGUGUGAGCCUGGGAAUGCUGGAUGGAAGCCAAGCCCCCGUGACACCGCCCCGAACAGGGAAUAUUCCCAGCAGUGACUUCUCCCAGAGCGGCUCCCUGCUGAGAUCCAUCCUGAAGAAAACCCCCGGGAGGGAGCUCGUGGACAGCUCAGAGGAAUACUCCAACAGUGCCAUUGACAGAGGAGGAGGUGGAUCUGCUGCAGUCUCUGAUUGUGUAAAAGCCUUUGAAACAUUGCAAGCAGAGAGAACUGAGAGUCAGAGCUCCAAAACACCAAAGAAGAAAAAAGUGACUUUUGGGGAAGUUCUGAGCCCUGAAAUCUUUGAUCAGACCCUGCCUGCCAACACCCCCUUACGCAGAGGAGCCUCCCCAGGGUGUCCUCAGGGGCAGAGCCCCUGUGCAAGGCCAGGCCUCUCUGAAGAGCCUUUGCCCCAGCUGGAUUUUGGCUGGGAUGAUGAAGGUGUUGAGCCUCUCCAAGAAUUCCUGGAAGGAUCUGUUGCUGUAGAAACCCCUUCACCUGUUGAAAAUGCAGAAGUAGCAGAGACUGACAAACCUGACAUGAUAACUCUUUCUUCUACUAAAAGGAGGCAGUGCAGAGCAGUGGCAGAGGACGCUGAUUGUGGCAGCUCGGGAGCCACAAACGCUGAGAAUGACAAAGACACUAAAAAUCCAAGAAGGAGCAAGAUUCAGAGACAGAAGAAUCCAACCACAGCUGCUCCCAAAAAGACCCAGAAAACAAAAUACCCAAGCUACGGGAGAAGAAGAAAGAAAAAAGUCAAGAAAUCUUUAUAUGGGGAAAGAGAAAUGGCUUCCAAGAAACCCCUUCUCAGUCCUAUCCUUGAAAUUCCAGAGGUUUUCUCUUCUGUCUCAUCUCCAAACUCACCAAAGGCAGAUGCACUUUUUACAGAGGGUGCAGGUUUGGGUGAUCCCAAAUCCAGGAAUGCCUGCAAGGACACUCCCCAGGAGCCGGUGGCUGGAAGGGUGCGAGGGAAGGAGCUCUGUGCAGCUGCUGUGUGCCCAGGCCCUGGGCUCCUGGAGGAGGCAGCAGCCACCAGCUCUGGCACUGGAGACUCUGAGGUGCCAGGGAGCCUGGAGUGUGCUCCUGGCACUGCUGCUGAGUUUUCAAAGACUGUGCCAGAUGCAGAAGGUGAUUUGGAUACCUCUGAGUAUUUCCAGCCAGGUGAAGAGACUCCACGUGAAAAAGAAGCAAAAGAAAGCAGUUCCUUGUUAGAAAAGGAGGAAUCACAAGGAAAUCUCCUACGUGGGCUGGAAAUUCUGGAACAACAGGAUGUACAGGAGGGUGCCCAGAGAACCGAGUGUCCUCAGAAGGAUUCUGUCAGAGGUGAUCCAGCAAGGAGAAGAAGAAGAAGCGGCAGUGCCUUCUACUUCCCUCCAGCUGGAAACUUGGAAGUACCUGGGACUGAUGUUGCAGUUUCCUGUUACAGUGUGGAAGAAGUUCUGUCAGCUCCCCGGCCGAAGGAGGGAUCCCCCCAGCCCUGCAGGAGGAAGAGCAGUGCCGGUGCUGAGGGCAGGGUGAGGCGCAGCAUGAGGCUGAGCAAGGAUGCAGCAAGUGAAGGACUUGCAUGGGUUCAGCUUCUCAGUGAGAUUCCCAAGCAGCCUCCCCUCCCAGCUGCUGCUCCCAAAGCCAGGAGAAGCAUCAGCACAUCCAUCCUGGCAGGAUCCGAGAAUAUUCACCACAGGGAGCAAAACCUCCUCCGCUUCCCUGCCCCAGGGAAGGAGAACGAGGGCUCUGCUCCUCCUGCUGCUGGUCCUGGCAGGAGGGGCAGGAGGAGAAGCCUCGUUGAAGCCACAGCUCGAAAAACUCCCUGGGCUCCCACCCAGAGAAGGAGAAACACAAAUUCUGGGUGUGGGAAGGACAGGAGUAACCAAAAACACUGGGAAGAAGCAGAAACUCUUGAGCUACAAUUGAGAGAGGUCUCCGGCAGCUCUGAUUUUCUGAAGUGAAGGUGGCUCUUAGAGCCUUGUGUGUGUUCUCAAGUGCAGUUUUCUUCUCUUUCCUGCUUAUAUUCCUCACUUAUUUUCUUACUCAUUUUCUGGAUAACUUAGAACUCAUUUUCCUUGUCUUGGUGCCUGAAAUGCUGGAAGAUCUGACCUGUGGGAGACUGGCUCAGAGCACUGGUCUGGUACAGUUAUGGCAGGUAAUGAAGAGAAUAAAAAAUUCUCCCAGAUAAAUGUGGGUUCGUCUUUAGCAGUUAAACCAUGGUGUAAGAUGUGUCCUUCCAGCUACAGUUGCUCAGAGGGUUUAUUUCCCAUGUGCUUGACCAUUCCUUGUAAACUGCUCUUGAAAUCUGCCUAUAUUUUCCUCUAGAUUGCAAAAAUACACCAGAACGAGAUUGUCUGCAAAUAAUAAAGGAAUCACUUCUUGAGAGGGAAGAGGAGGAAGUGGGGAACUUGCUUCCAUCUUCUGGAAUGACUUUGGGCAUGAGCAGAGGUGGAGUUCCUUCAAGUAGGACUUUGUGUUAGAAUUCAUGAAUUUUCUGAUGUAAAGGGUGGCCAUUAAACAAAAAAAAAAAGCUUUAAAAUCUUUAUUAUGUAUAAAAUUCACCUGGAAAAUGAAAUUGGCCGAGGGGAGAGAACCAUUCCUCACCAGGAAAGCUGUGCUUCCUUCCCAGCCUUGUGUGUGUGUCCUGACUCCAGCUGCCGUUGGCCAGGCCUUACCCUGUCAUCUUCCUGUUUGCAUUUUCUGCUUGGAACAAUGGAAUAAAGAGUGAGCACUGGA